AUGUUAAUGGAGUAUUGUCCUGGGGGUGAUUUGUGGACUGUUUUGAGAAGUUUUUUGCGUUUAGAUGAAAAGAAGGCUAGAUAUUAUUGUGCUGCUGCUUUGGAGGCUUUUGAUUAUUUGCAUAAACGCUUAAUUAUAUAUAGAGACCUAAAGCCAGAAAAUAUGUUGUUAGAUAUUAAUGGAAUACCCAAAUUGGUAGAUUUUGGUUUUGCCAAAAGAUUGCCUUCAGAAAUGGAUAGAGCUUGGACAUUUUGUGGAACUACUGAAUAUGUUGCCCCCGAAGUUAUUUUGGGAGAAGGGCAAGAUUCAGGAGUAGAUAUUUGGUCGUUGGGAAUUUUUCUUUAUGAAAUGUUGACGGGAAGUCCUCCUUUUGCUGCUUCUGAGCCUAUGUUGACUUAUGGUGCAAUAAUAAAAGGUGUUCAAAACUUAUCUUGGCCUCGUUACAUCAGUGAUAAUUCCCGUCUUUUAAUUUUCAAACUUUGUCGGAAAAAUGCUACUCAAAGAUUGGGUUAUGGACAUUUUGAUGAUUUACGUAAAGAUAUUUGGUUCGAAGGCUUCGAUUUUACUUCUUUUCGUAAUCAUUCAAUGCGCCCUCCUAUUAGACCAAAAGUUUUAAGUCUAACAGAUACUCGCAACUUUGAUCGUUUUUCUUCUACGGAUGAUUUUGCUUGUGGGUCAGACGAUGAUGGGUGGGAUGAAGAUUUUUAA